GGAAGAAGAGGCUGCUGGUUUGUGUGAAUGAAGAUGGUGGACUCCUGUUUCUGGCGCGUGGUGGGUAUGAAGGCCUCAUUGGUGUGGGGAGUGGUUGCUGUAUUGGUGCUGGAGGGGUGCAGGGCAGCCAUGCAGAUGCAGGCAGCAUCAGAUUGGAGGCGGAGAGCACCGCGUCAUCAUGCAUUCCUCAGACCGAUGCACAGGUGAGAUGGAAUGGAUGCAUCUUCAAUGGAUCAUCGAGAUCAUGUCACGCAUCUGUCGCAACGUCUGUCUAUCUGUAUGUCUACUGCUGUGCUGUGCUGUGUGUGCAGAGGUUUUGGGCAGCCCAUGCGACCAUUACGUGGCGCGAGGCUGCGGCGGCAUCCCUCUCCCUCCCCCUCUCAUGGUUACUUGGUAGCUCCUUGCUCCAUCACCAUGCAGUCAGCCACCGUCGUGGCACCCGACACACAGGUUGGCAGCAGACAGACAGACAGACCCUGUGGAUCGGAUCAUUGUUUGUGUGAUGUGUGUGUGGUUAUCGGUGGUUACGUGUGGUGUCAGGUGAUACGUGCGACAGAGGAUGCCAACUCCGCAGAGGGUCACUUGAGGGAAAACUGGCUCAAGACACCCCUGCCGUUCAACCCCAAGGUCAAGUCAACAUGGCACAUGGCACACAUCACAUCACAUCCACACACGUCAACUCAACACGGACGCAGCGCACGCCCCGGAGGGAAUCCAUGCAUUGCAUUGCAUUGCAUUGCCUGCCUCCAUUCAUUGAUUCCUUCAUCAGAUUCGCCGCGGUCAGCUGGCCAACGGUCUCAAGUACAUCGUGAUGCCCCACGGCUACCCUCCAGGGCGGUUCGAGGCCUAUCUGGAGGUCCAUGCCGGCAGCGCAGACGAGCUCGAAUCGCAGCAGGGCAUGGCACACCUAUGCGAACACAUCGCAUACAUGGGCAGCACGUAAGACAAGACAGACAAGACGCCACAAUGGCAGAUCAUACAAACCACACCAUGCACUGCAAUGCACACCACACACGUCGCUCCCUCUCUCUCCUUGUCGCUCUUCAGGAAGCGUGAGGCCAUUUUGCGCAAGACGGUCAACACCAACGCCUACACGGAUUUCCACCAUACGGUCUUCUUCGCGUCUUGCCCCGUGGUGGAUGAGGAGCUCAACCUCUACGGCCUUAAAGGCAAGCAGAUGGUGUCCAUGAUGCCCAAGGCACUGGAGGCACUGUAUGACGUCCUCGAGGGACCCACACAGUUCAGCGACAAGCGGGUCAACAAGGAGAGGAACGCCGUCCUCUCGGAGGCCUCCAUGGUCAACACCGUCGAAUACAGGUGAGGUGACCGACUGACUGGAUGGAUGGAUGGAUGGAUGGGUGGAUGGGAGGAGGAUGCGCGUGGUGUUUUUUUCCACGUGUUCAUGUCUGUGUGGUGGCGGUGGUGGUACUGUCUCAGGCACGAGUGCCAGACGUUGUCUGUGCUGCAUCGGGAGAACAGGUUGGCUCAGCGGUUCCCCAUCGGCCAGCUGGACCUCAUCCGCAAGUGGACCACCCCAGAGGUCAAGGAGUUCCACGGCACACACUACCGGCCAGACAACGCGUGUGUCUACCUGGUCGGGGACGUCAAUGCUGACGAGGCCGAGGCGGCCAUCCAUCACGUCUUCUCGCGGCUCGAGAAGCCCUUCCGCGAAGACCAGCGGCCGGUCUACAAGGACCUCUACACCAACACACUCAAGGAGCAGUCGCUCUCCUUCCCUCCAAUACACCACCAGUGGCAAUGGGCCACCCUCGUCGAGGGCGGGUGGAACAACACAGAGGCCACUGGUGGCACCGCGGCAGUGUCGGGCACUCAGGGGGGGCUGUUCGCCAUGAAGGAGGGGGGCGUGUCAGUGGACUCGCCGUCGAUAUGGCAGCACGAGCUGCUGCAGAGCGUGUCGCUGUGUCUGAUGGUCAAGAAGCCCAUCGAGCCGCUGAGGACACUCAGGGACUACCAGCGGCAGAUGCUGAGGAGGGUGGUGCUGCACGCGCUCUCCUCGAGGCUCACCAUAUUCGGCAGGUGCGACCGACAUACACUCAUAUAUGCUGUUGUGUGGAUGGAUGGCUGGCUGCAGAGGCCGAGGUUUGUUCCAGUAUGUGGAGCUGAGCGAGGCCGACUCGGUGCGCGAGGCGUGCAGGGUGUGCGCCCUCGACAUUCAGACCGACGCCGAGUCAUGGGACGAGGCCGUCAAGGUCGCCGUCCAAGAGGUACGUCACCCCCACACACAAACGCCCUCAUACCCACACUCAUCCGUCUGAGUGUGUUGUGCCCACCCCACCCCACUCAGGUGCGUCGGAUGGGCCUGUACGGCGUGACGGCGAUGGAGCUCGAGUCGGUCAAAAAUGCCUACAUGGCCGAGCUGCAGCGGCUCCACGCCGACCGAGUGCUGUCGACCGACCUGGUCAAGGCCAUCAUGGAGAACGCCGCGUGCGGCCACGCCAUGAUGGACCUCGAGCAGGAGAAGAUCAUCGGCAGCACUCUGCUGCAGACCGCCACACUCGAGGAGGUCAACCGGGAGGCACAGGAGAUCUGCGACUGGCUCAUCGCCUACAACGACCCUGAGAUGCCCGCACCAUCCGGCGUCAUUGCGUGCUUCCCCAUGACCUACCGCGACAGGGAGGCCAAGGCUGAAAAGCCGCUGCAAGUGACGCAGCAGGACAUCCUGAACGUGCUGCAGCGAGCGGCCGACGCUGAGGUGCACCCCAUCUCAGAGGAGGGGCAGGCGCCCGACCGUCUGUUCAGCCAGGAGAGGAUCGAAGAGAUCAGCCGCGCCAACCCUCCCUCGUUCAAGCCGCUCGACCUUCCCAACGAGACGGACCUCGACACAUACCUCAACGACAACGGCAGGCUCUACAAGGAUGACGCGCUCGGCCUCAGGCUGCGGCAGCUCUCUAACGGCAUCAAGGUCAACAUCAAGCAGGCCGCCAUCGAGCGCAAGAGCGCCACGCUGCGUGUGCUCAUCCCUGGCGGCAAGAUGGCCGAGAUCCCUGAGAACGGGGUGAUUGCUGGGGGCAUAUCGAUGGGGGCGCGGACGGUGAUGGAGGGCGGGGCGUUUGGGAACCUGACUCGCGAGCAGGUGGAGAUGUACUGCAACCAAAACCUGGUGGGGGUCUUCAUCGAGUGCACCGACGAGUUCCUCACCAUGGACUUCCUCGUGCCCACCACUGCUAUCACACCGGUAGGUACCCCCACGGCACGCACACAGCCACGACCACCAUGAUCAUUCUGUCGCCUGUUCUCUUGGCCAGGACGGUGUGACGGGUCUCGAGUCGGCCUUCCAGAUCCUGCACGCCAUCCUGACCGACUUCAAGUUCGAGGACGACGCGCUGGCUCGCGCCAAGGGGCACUUCAUCACCGAGUACGACCACUACCACCGCGACUUGGGGGCGAGGUCGGUUGGCGACCUCAUCCGGCGAAUGGCGUCUGACGACAGGCGGUUGCAGUACAGCACACCAGAGGAGAUACGCAAGAUGACACUGCCCCAGAUACAGGCGGCUAUCAAGUCACAGCUCACCACGGACAACAUUGAGGUGGGCGACAGGGCGGGAGACGGCGGAUGUGUCCAUGUGCCUUGGUGCAUGUGGUGUGUGUGUGUGUGUGUGAGUGAGUGAGUGCAGGUGAGCAUGGUGGGUGACUUUUCCAUCGACGAGAUAGAGCGCCUGACGCUCACCUACCUCGGCACGGUCCCGCCGUCACAACAGGACAGCCAACACCCCAUCAGGAAUAUACCAUUCAACUUCGACCAGUGAGUGAGACCCAUCCAGACACAGAGGGCGACAAGGCCAUUCAUUCACACCGAUUCAUUCGUGAAUGCAUGUGUGGGUCAUUCAGGCCGAAGGACAAGCGUCAGGUCGAUGUGCACGUGCUGGACAGCGACCAGAGGGCACUGGUGCAUCUGGCGGGCUUUGGACCCAACCGAUGGGGAUUCCUUCCAGAUGGCGCACACGUCAACGACAAAAUGUAUGGGCACCGCCCCCACACACAGGGGCCACAGAACACAGAGAGAGAGACACCGCACGCCACACACCACACUGCAUGGGAUGUCUUUCAUCUAUCUAUCAGUGCCAAGAGGUCCGUUCCAGGCGGCAAUCUGCUUUUGUUGAUCCAGCGCCCCGGCAGCGACAAGCCGUCCCGCCGCGACCACCCGGCCUUCGCGAGAGUGGCCCUGUCGAUGCUCCAGGACAUCAUCAACAAGCGCAUGUUCUCAUCGGUGAGCACACCACCCACACAAAUGGGGAGAGGAGGACCUGCAUGUGUCUUGCUGUGUGUGUGUGUGUAUGGUGUCAGUUAAGAGAGGAGAAGCAUCUGACGUAUGACGCGUCGUUCGAGUUCAUGAGCUACGAGUAUCUGCCUGGGGGCUUCUACAUGGUUACGGUGCACACCAACCCCACCAUGGCCCAACACGUCCUCAGGGAAGCGCACGCAUCAGUCGAGGAACUCAAGUGCGCAUCCCACGACACACACACACACACACACACACAGACCCUUCAAUCACCUUGUUUGGUGCUGUGUGUGGCAUAUGCAGGGGCAUGCGUCGCAUCCAGUCGUUCCAGGUCGAGAAUGCACGUCGUCAGUUCAUCCACCGGUUCGAGCAGAACAUGCAGAAUGCCCGCAACUGGCUCGACAACCUCUCGGGCCUGCAGCUGCAACAGCUCCCACUCAAGACCACCGCAUUCAUUCGAGACGCACCAAAGGUCGCCACCACCGUCCAGGCCGAAGACCUGCAGGCCAUGUGAGCAAUCCACUGACCCCUCGCGCACACACAGCGCAGCACGCGUGCACAUGUGUCCUGCUGUCUGUCCGUCUGUGUGUCUAUCUGUGUGCAGGUGGGAGGCGCUAUGGGGCAACGGUGAGCAUGUUUGGCGUGGUGUGGGCAUCAGCGGUCCGGUGCCGACAAAGGAUGAGGAGGCGAAGGAGCCCCAGGACAUGCAGCUGGCACUCACGGCACCCAAGACCAGCAUGGGCAGGAGAGGGUCCACCGUAAUGGUCGACUAACGCUCAUAGCGAUGAUAUGCAUUCAUGCGUUGCAUGAGUUUUUUGUCGCUGUGUAUGCGACUGUGUGUCUGAGUGAGUGUGACUGUGUGUGUACGGCCCUGUUGGUUUGUGGAUGCGUCGAUAAGCCAUCAGGCCAUCUACUGCCGGUCUCUCUCUGUCUGUGUGUGCGACGAUGAGUGCCAAUCGGUGAUAUGAAACCUCACACCCAUCAUCCAUUAACUUCUAG